CCCGAGAACGCAGAAACAAAAGCAGAAAAAUUCCAAAAAAUAAAAAAGAAAAACGCCAGACCCCAAAUGGAACCUCGAUGUUCUAGAGUGAGAAACUCAUUAACUCAAGAGAGAAAAAGAGUUAUGGAAGAGAAAUUCUCAAGGAUUUGAAACACCAAAACAGGAGAGAAACUCUUUGCUUGCUUCUUAUACGUAAGUUUUUAAGAGAGGAAACAGAAGAUCCGAUUGGGUUUUGUUCGUUUAAUGGCGAGCGGGUGGAUGAGGUCUCUGCAAUGUAAAUCCAGAGCUGCUGAAGACGUUUUUAUCCCCAACCCCAAACAUUUAAUACCCAGUUCCAGUUGCAGGAAGAGCGCUCAGAGCAUCAAAGACGUUAUUGAUACCGCCACUUCCACCAUGCAACAGAGACCCACAAAGCCCAAGCACCAUUUCCACCACCACCAGCGACAGAAGCAACAGAAAUCCACUACCAUUUCCCCAAACCACACCAAACCCAAACCUAAGCCCGAACCCGUGUCGGCUCCCGCUUCACGUUCUCGUUCUGCCCGUAACCCCGACCCGCUAUUUCCGGCCCUGACCGAGGUUCCCGACGGCCACCCUUCACGUAAUGUUGUAGAAAUUAUAUUCCACACAAGCUGGAGUAACAAGUCUUUCCCAGGUCGGAUCGAGAUGAUUUUCAAAGUCCACAACGGGUCGAGAACAGUAUCACGGUUCGAAGAGUAUAGGGAGAUGGUAAUAACCCGAGCCGGAUUGUCUGGAGGGAGCACGUGGGAGGAGAAUGCUCGGUGCGUCGCGGACGGGAAUGAGAUGAUGCGAUUCUACUGUCUGGGUCCCACAGGAGGCGUUCAUGAAGCCCGUGGAGGCGCGUGGGUUUUCCCGGGAGGAAAGGGGGCUGCGAUUUGCACAUUUUCAGGGAGCGGCGGAGCGCACGAGAGUGCUGGAGGUGGGAGUGGAAGGAGAGCGAUGCUAGUGUGCCGAGUGAUAGCGGGUCGGGUAUCGAAACAGAUGGAGUUGGAAUCGUUGUUGAAGGGGCAGGUCGGAUUUGACUCGGUGAGUGGGGAAAAUGGGCAGUUGCUGGUGUUUGAUCACCGUGCAGUGUUACCGUGCUUUCUUAUUAUCUAUAAAUUGUAAAAUACGCUGAAAUUAUUUCCUUUUUUUUUUUCUUUAAAUUUCUGUCGGAUUGUUUUCAUUUGACAUUUUUCAACCCAAUUUUUCCUUCCUCGUUGAUUUGC